CUUUAUUGAAUGUUUUUCUGACAUUAUUCUCACUGUUUUUUUCCACCGUUUUCUCACUAGACACGUUAAAAGGACUCACGAAGCUGGCCAGCGUCUUAUAUGGCAGCUCCUUGUUCGACGUUUCCCGUUCCACCUUAAAUGGUGUUACUGACCUGCUGCACCAUUUAAGGUGGAACGGGACAAUUCGAAUCAGACGCCGUUGGGUCGGAUGGGAAUUCCGCUUCAGCCUCGUCGCUUUCUCUGCGUUUACUGUCUGUUUCUGGCGUUCUUUGUGCUGGAAUCGAGCCUGAAUCACUUCGCCGGGCGUCCUUAGUUCCCGCUCGCCGGCUCGUUUGGACAUGACCCGCUUUGAGACGUUAGCAUUGAACAUCUGUAGCGUUACCUCAGUGAAGCUAGCAGCGCUCCGGAUGGCGCUGAACUAAACUAAGCCAACUUAACCCAUUUGUGGAAGAUAUAUUUGCCGUCGUUGGACGAAUUCGCAGAGCUCUUCUGUCAGUUGGUGUGACUUCUGAGUUUGGGUAGCGUUAGUUUAACUAGGUUACCCAAAAUCCGCUCCGCUAGCUUAGCUUAAAGUGUAGCAUUAGCGCUAACGCUCAGACGAGCUAACGGCUAAUUCAGGCGAAUAAAAUGGAUUUAUUCGGAGACCUGCCCGCGCCAACUAACACAGGCGCAGAAGUUAAAAAUGAAGCUCCCCAACAAGAGGAGGACCGCGGGGAGAAGAGGAAAUGGGACGGUGGCCUGGAGAACAAGCAAGUGGACGAGAAGAAUAAGGCGGAAAAGAAAGUUUGUAAAGGACUGGUUAAGCUGAAGGGCUUUGUGGCGGCGCGGCGCGGAGAACGUGAGGAAAUGCAGGAUGCUCACGUUCUCUUACCGGACCUCAGCGUGAGCGUGCAGACGCUACCGGAACACGUGUUGGCGUACUUUGCUGUGUUUGAUGGCCACGGCGGAGCUCGAGCGUCUCAGUUUGCUGCCGAAAAUCUGCAUGAGACUCUGAUCAGCAAAUUCCCUAAAGGUGAAGUGGAGAAUCUGGAUAAGCUGGUGAAGAAAUGUCUGCUAGACUCUUUCCGCCAGACUGACGAGGACUUCCUAAAGAAAGCCUCCAGCCAGAAGCCAGCGUGGAAGGAUGGUUCUACAGCUACGUGUCUGCUGGCUGUGGACGAUGUUCUAUAUGUAGCCAACCUAGGAGACAGCAGAGCUGUACUGUGUCGAAUGGAGCGGAUGGACAGUGGAGAGGAGAACUGUGUAACUCUGGCUCUCAGUAAAGAACACAACCCCACCAUCUACGAGGAGCGCAUGAGGAUACAGCGCGCCGGAGGAACCGUCAGAGAUGGGCGUGUGCUGGGUGUGUUAGAAGUGUCCCGCUCUAUAGGUGAUGGCCAGUAUAAACGCUGUGGAGUGAUAUCUACACCCGACGUGCGCCGCUGCCAGCUCAGCCCGAAAGACAGGUUUGUGAUCCUGGCCUGUGACGGACUCUUCAAAGUGUUCUCGGCAGACGAAGCUGUUAAAUUUGUCCACAAAAUCCUACAGGACGGGAGCGUGGAGGGAAAGGAGGGGUGCUAUGAGGCAGCCUGUCAGCGAUUGGCCAGUGAGGCAGUGAGGCGGGGCUGUGCAGACAACGUCACUGUUAUCCUCAUUUCUAUUACAUUCUGACCAGCUUUACUACAUCGACACACCAAGACAGGAGCAGAUCUCUGGGCCGGAGUGAUGAUCAAGCAAAUGCAGUCACAUCGUCACCUUUUUUAUACGUGGGGAUUUCUACAGAUGUUUUUCAGCGUUUGCAUGUGGACAGAUUGUGGCUGCUAACACUGAAAUAAAAAACACGACAUACUGUGCGUGUUUGUGUUGGUAUAAA